CGCUGCAGUUUUAGUAUCGUAUCAACGCUCACAGCAGUUAGACGUGUUUUCCAAUCGUUCUGUCGCAAUCUGAUUGUUUGCCUCAAUCUUCGUGACCAGUUUAUACAGUUCCAACAGUAACAGUUUUGAAGUGAAGUAAUUUGGUGAAAAUGGCUAUCGCAUUCUACAUACCAGCAAUCGAUGAUGAAAUCGAAAAGCAACACCAGCAGCAAAUGUUGCUUCAGCAGCAAUUAGCUCAGCAUCAGCAAUUCUCGCCGCCACCAACGCCAACAACUCCAACAAGUCCAAGUUCUAUCCCGUCAACGCCACCGCUAAGCCCGACGAUGACCCAGGUCAGCAUCCACCAUAACCGCUACCAUCUAGUUCAAGCCUUCCACGAGAUUCUGUUCCGCCACGCACAAGAAAAUAACCCCACUCGCACCCGCUGUCUUUUGUGCAAUAAGUUGUACUAUCUGCUGCGAAAAGUUUACUGACGUAUCGACAGUUUACACUACCCAAGCAGCAGCAGUAAAAAAUAAUCAUCACGGUUAAUACGUACUACCAGAGUGCUCCGAAGAAAUAAAGUGAUUUUUAUUUCAUUACGGACGCGAUGAGCAGACAGACACGCCCAUCAAGGAAGUCAGAUCAGAAGUCUUCAACUGGACUGGAAGGAUUUACCGCCACUCCGCAUUGAGGGUGGUGCAGAAAGGUGGCCACGUUUGGGAAUCGAUGAUUCUAGACAUGGAAUCGUCCGAGUGGUCCGGAAAAACAGUGGCCUUAUAAUAAUAAUACAAGGGCGUAGAGCAUCGCAGAUGUGCAGAGAGUGGAUGUGUGUGUUGAUAGCAAAUGUGAUAGAUCAAGUGCAUCGUUUGAGAUGUGCUUUCUGUAAGCAUAAUUUGUGUAAAUAAUAUUUGUUAGAAAAUAAAU